UUUUAAAAAUGUGUUUAAUGGUUUCAUGGUGGGUUGCUAACCUCAACUCGUCAAGGAAGGAUACACUGGUUUAUUUUUGUCCCAGUUUCAGGCUCUCAUGCUGUUUGCGUCUCUCUCCGACACACCCUCCGCCUCUUUCUCUCUGGUUCUCUCGCUCUCUGUGUGCUUCUGUCGCUAAUACAGGAAGACUUAGUCAAAGCAUAACAGAUUAACAUGAGAAACAGGAGGGUGAGCUUGGCUGGAUAGAUUACUUCAGAUUUGGCAGAACAGCCUCGGCCUGGGGAGGUGGACCAUUGGGUGACCAUCAUCACACUCUGGCAGCUGACCUCGGAAGUUCUAGCUUACUGUCAGAGAAGACGUCAGGGACUGAUAUGGUCAAUCACAUUGAUGUGAUAUGGAGUUCUUCUUCCAACGUCGUAUCCAUCGAUGGCAAAAGAGAAAAGAUUACCCUGCUGGUGUCUGUCUGUCUGGUCCUGCGGUUCAGACCAGUAAAGCCAGGAGGCGUUCUAGUAUCGGCCUGCCAUCUGUGGCGCUACAAGAAAGCAGACGUUCUUCUGUUGGCCUUCCACCGCUUCCGUAUCAAAGGCGCCCAAGUGUUGGCGUUCUGGUUGCCAUUGGACAGAAGCGACAGUCCAUAGAAGAUGUGGCGUUUACCAACCCGAGAGAAUCAGCCGAAGAAACCGGAUCCGAGAGCACGGAUCUAUCGAUCAAAAAGGAAUUGACGGCAUUGAAAUACAAGCAUAACAAUGCUGACCGUUCUUCCGUAACGUUCUCUGGCAGACAUCGAAGGUUGGCAGUGCGAUACCGCCACCCUUCCAAAGUCAAGUCAAUUGAGCCACAUUUGCUCGGUUCCUCCAUUUUACUCGCAAGUGUCGUCCACAUGGGCAGAUGUGCAAAAGAAAACCAAGGCGAAGAAUCCAAUGCCUCACUAAGUUCUUCUUCGGGUUCCGAUAGCGAGGACGCUUGGAUCCAAGAGCUGGAGAAUAAAACUCGUAGAACUCCAGAUGCCAGGCCCGCAUCUCGGACACACUUUACUCAAGCGCUUGUCAUGGAACGCAUGAAACCCUCCCCGUUCCUCCGAACCCCUCGCUGUCUAAGACGGAACUCCUCCGAUCUCCUCACACCUCAAUCCAUCUGUGGGAGUAGAGAAAUGCACUAUGGGUUAUACGGUCGCUAUUAUCACCGACGGUUGAGUCAAGGUCCUCGGACUUUAAAUACUCAAUGUCAAAAUUCAACCGGCAUCUCUCUCGGUCAGAUGGUCUCGGCGGACCUGAGAUGUGAUCUCAGGGGACCCCACUCAGUAUCUACCCUCCCCAGAAGCACUUCUUCACAUCUGAGGGGAUCAAGGAAGUUGACAUACUAUGAUGCUUAUCUGGAAACGUGGGAAAACGUCCUAUCGAAAGCAAUAGCAAAAUCCGGCUUGCGCCACCUGCCAUGUGAGCCCAGUACAUCAUCUUUAAACCGACCAGAUCCAGAAGCAAAUAUCCGCAGCACUGUUGACUGGACCGAGUCUGCUCAGUAUGGAGAUCAUAUCUGGUUUGAGACGAACGCUUCGGGGGACUACUGUUACGCGGGAGAGCAACACUGUACUGCCAGAGCGCUGCAAAAGUCAGUCAGCCGGAGAAAGUGUGCAGCCUGUAAGAUAGUCGUCCACACAGUCUGUAUUGAACAACUGGACAAGAUCAAUUUUAGAUGUAAGCCAUCGUUCAGGGAAUCUAGUUCCAAAAACAUUCGAGAGCCUAACGUCGUACGUCAUCACUGGGUGCAUCGGAGAAGACAAGAGGGAAAAUGUAAACAAUGUGGCAAGGGCUUCCAGCAGAAGUUUGCUUUCCACAGUAAAGAGAUUGUUGCCAUUAGUUGUUCCUGGUGCAAACAAGCGUACCACAACAAGGUCUCCUGUUUUAUGUUGCCCCAAAUUGAGGAGGUUUGUCCAAUAGGAGCUCAUGCCGCCCUCAUAGUUCCACCUUCGUGGAUUGUUCGAGUUCGACGUUGCCAGGCGGCCAUGAAGACGAGCAAGAAGAAGAAAAGAACAUCCUUCAAGAGAAAAAGCAGUAAAAAAGCCACUGAGGAUGGACGACAAUGGAAGCCCUUCAUUAUCCGAGCCAUCCCAUCACCUUUGAUGAAACCGCUCAUAGUGUUUGUAAAUCCCAAAAGUGGAGGAAAUCAGGGCACUAAGAUCCUCCAGUCCUUUAUGUGGUAUCUGAACCCAAGGCAGGUAUUUGAUCUGAGCCAGGGAGGACCAAAAGAUGGCUUGGAGCUGUAUCGUAAAGUUCAUAAUUUGAGGAUUCUGGCGUGUGGAGGAGAUGGAACUGUGGGAUGGAUCCUGUCCUGCCUUGAUGAACUGUCAUUGAACCCUCAACCUCCUGUCGCGGUCUUACCGCUCGGGACAGGAAACGACCUCGCUAGAACUCUCAACUGGGGAGGCGGUUAUACAGAUGAACCUCUGUCUAAGAUCUUAUCUCAUGUCGAGGAUGGAACUGUGGUGCAACUUGACCGCUGGAAUCUCCAAGUGGAGCCCAACCAGAGUGCAGGGGCCGAGGUGGAUGAGCAACAAGCAGACAAGCUUCCCCUCGACGUGUUCAACAAUUACUUUAGUCUGGGAUUCGAUGCUCAUGUGACCCUGGAGUUUCACGAGUCAAGAGAAGCCAACCCAGAGAAGUUUAACAGUCGUUUCAGGAAUAAGAUGUUCUAUGCUGGGACAGCAUUCUCAGAUUUCCUAAUGGGGAGCUCCAAAGACCUGUCAAAGCACAUCCGAGUGGUGUGUGACGGGACGGAUUUAACAUCCAAGGUUCAGGAUUUGAAGCUGCAAUGUCUGGUCUUCCUCAACAUCCCCAGGUACUGUGCAGGCACCACCCCUUGGGGGAAUCCAAGCGAGCACCAUGACUUUGAACCACAACGCCAUGAUGAUGGAUACAUUGAGGUCAUUGGUUUCACCAUGACAUCACUGGCUACCCUCCAGGUUGGAGGUCAUGGCGAGCGUCUUAAUCAGUGUCGAGAAGUAACCCUCACCACGACAAAACCUCUUCCCGUUCAGGUGGAUGGGGAACCAUGUAGACUCGCUCCCUCUAUCAUCAACAUCAGCCUCAGAAACCAGGCCAACAUGGUCCAGAAGACCAAACGGCGGACAUCCCUGCAACAUCUCAAUAACCAGCAGCCGGUCCCGGAGAAGCUGCGGCUUCGAGUCAGCAGAAUCAGCAUGGGUGACUAUGAGGCUCUGCACUACGACAAUGACAAACUACGGCAAGCAUCCAUUCCUCUGGGAUUGAUUGUGGUUCCUGGAGACAGCGACUUAGAGACGUGCAGAGAGCAUAUCCAGCGCUUACAUGAGGACUUCUGUUCUAUUCAUUCACCUUCCAGAAGUGGGGGAACGCAGGAGGACACCGCCAAGACGAAGAAUCUGUCCUCGCAGCGAUUAUCCCCAAAGUGGUGUUUCCUUGAUUCUACAACCGCUGAUCGUUUUUACAGGAUAGACAGAGCACAGGAGCAUCUAAACUAUGUAUCUGAAAUCUCCCACGAGGAACUCUUCAUCCUCGACCCCGAACUGGUUGUGACAAUGACAGUUGGCACUUCGCCAACCGCCGUGCCUGAUCUGGUACAACCUUCAUCCAACUUGACAAACAACGGGGAACAGACCUCCGACGAUGUGUUUGUCUUUCCCGUGGCUUCAUCUCCCACCUUAUCAUCUUCUUCUGCUCCCAAGAUGACCAAUGACGGCCCUGCAGCCGAAGCCUUCGCAGGCAGCCCAACACCUGAGGUCCGAAAACUCCGAAGGAAAGGCUGCAUCCAGCGUUCUGUCGUCACACAAGAUGAACUCAAGCCAAUAGUGAGACAUGAAAAGGGUCAGAAGCCAAGUGAUGCAGGAUGUGAAGAAGGAGAAGAAAAAGAGCUGCUGAUUCAGUGUGUAAAGAACAACAAUGUGAAGAAGCUGCAGGAACUGCAUAAAAGUGGGUGCGACCUCAGUUGUGUUGACCAAUCGGGUUGUAGCCUGCUGCAUCACGCCGUCAAGGCGGGAAGCAAGGAGAUGGUCCGCUUCAUUCUUGACAAUGCGCCGAGUGACAUUGUUGAUGUGACGGAACACAUACACGGCGAAACGGUUCUCCAUCAGGCUGCGUCGUUGUGUCACAGGACCAUCUGCCAUUAUCUGGUGGAAGCGGGAGCCUCGCUGAUGAAAACGGAUAUACAGGGUGACACGCCAAGGAACCGGGCGGAGAAAGCGAAUGACGCUGAGCUGGCAGCCUACCUGGAGAACCGGCAACACUAUCAGAUGAUUCAGAGGGAAGACCAGGAAACGGCGGUUUAAGCGUCUUUUAGAAACAAAAUAAUGAUGAUGACAAUGACGACUUUAAAUGUCACAAAAGCAGCUCAGGACACACAACCUCAGUGAAUAUUUACUUUACCGUGUGUCUACGUUCUCGUGAGACGCAGUUUUAAAAACGCCGGACUGGGGAACGUCUGGGGAACAGAUUUCCGCUAUUAUCAGUAAGCCAUAUAGGGCAAUUUUUUGUUGCCAUGUAAAACAUUCACAUUAAUAUUUCAUUUAAUUUUUUAAUUUUUUAACCUGCCUUCAGCACUUGUUGCUAUUGUAGUGUGCUGUAUUGUAUCAGUGCUGAGGGCUUCUGUUGCCUUUUUGAUGAAAAUGUAUAUAUAAAUAGUAUAUAUAUGUAGUAUAUUAAGGCCAUAUCCACAUAAACUAAGAUAUUUUCAAUAUAUCCCAAAUGAAAUCAACACCAGUCAGUAACGGUUAUGUUGACACAUGAGGUAUUUUACACAAGUCUCCAUAUAUAAAAAAAAUAUUUUCCAAAAAGUUCAAUUUUAAGGUGAAAACACAUAUAAAAAAUGCCUUUUUAAAAAUAUCAAUGUUGGUGUGGACAUGGCCUAAGACCAAAUAUUCCCAUACCAAAAAUUAUUAUUUUUUUUUUAAUUUUGUUAGCAACUUACAUGUGCUUUCCAACUGAAACUGAACAGAAUGAUAAUUUUUUUAUAUUCUAGACUUUGCCAAUGAUUCUUUCAUGGACUGUAAGUAGAUACACUGGUUGUGAGAUCAUUAUUUACAGUAGAUACAUUUACUUGUGGAAGUGUUUGUUUAAUAACAUUGUUAUUAUGAUUAAAAAAAAAAAUCCUGUGA